AUGGCUUCCUCUGCAAAAUUCUUCUCCUUCAUCCUUCUCCUGACAAUCUCCUCUGCGGAGAUCCAUGGCAGAGAGAGCGAGUUUUUCAGCAGGUUCGGACGAAAUUACCAGCAGCAGCAGUCCGAACUCCCCACCACCCAAGUCCCUGCUCUGACCAAACAAGACCAACAGCCUGAUUUCCUCCCGCAAGCCACACAGAACGCCUACGGCUACGGCCUCUUCUCCAAUGAACCUGCCCAGCUCGCCCCCAACGGCGGCGCCCCACCCACCUACCCCUCUUCCGAAAACUCCCAGAAGUCCAAAUCCGGCGAACCCCUUUACAGGUACAGAGACGCCAGUACCACCCCUGCCGCUAACGGCGGUGCCACCACUUACGCCUCUUCCGAAAACUCUCAGCAGCUCAAAUCCGGCGAACCGCUUUACAGGUACAGAGACACCACCACCCCUGCCGCUAACGGCGGUGCCUCCACCUACGCCUCUUCCGAAAACUCCCAGCAAUCGAAACCCGGCGAACCACUUCCCCGGUACAGAGCCGCCGCCGCCGCCGCCGCUCCCGGCGCAGAGAACUCUUACAACGGCGUCAACGGGUACGAGACCCAGAAGAAGGGCGUCGGCGAGACGAGACUUACCGGCCGCCAAACCAACUACUGGAACAACGCCGGCGACGGCUACAGCCAGCUGGCGACCGGAGGGUUCAACGGCCGCAUGAACACCCAGCAGCAGCAGCAGAAGCAGCAGAGGCAGGGCAUGAGCGACACCAGAUAUAUUGCAAACGGGAGAUUCUAUUACGACGUGAAUGCCGAUCGAAGCUCCGAUAACGGAAACCGGAAAUUUAGGACCAACAAUGCGUACGGGAACUCGAACGCGAUCGGUUUCAGUAAUGGAAAUGGAUACAAUUCCGACAAGCAGAGUUCUUCCAAGUCUAAUGGCAGUGAUUUUUAUACCCCUAACGGCAGAGAGAGUUACCAGAGCCAGACGCAGAUUCAAGAGAAAGACGAGGAGUUUGUGCCAUGA